ACCCGCCAUUCCCGUCAGAACUGAAAGACGCCAUGGAAGAACCUCGCAUGCACAUAGCAAUGUAUCCCUGGCUAGCUAUUGGUCACAUGACCCCAUAUAUUCAACUCGCAAACAAGUUAGCCAGAAGAGGACACAGAAUCUCCAUCUUCAUCCCCCCAAGAACACACUCCAAAUUACAGCAUCUGAACCUUCAUCCUCAACUCAUCACCUUCGUCCCCAUCACUCUAUCUCACGUUGAAGGUCUUCCUCAAGGUGCAGAAACAACGGCUGACGUGGAUCGAUCCCGCAGCUCCCUUCUCAUGGUUGCUGCAGAUCGUACCGAGAAACAAGUCGAGCACCUCUUGGUUCAGUUAAAACCCAACAUUGUUUUCUUCGACAUGAUACAUUGGCUGCCAGAUCUGGCUCGACGACUGGGAAUCAAAUCGGUUCAGUACUGGGUUAAUGGUUUAGUAGUAACAGCUUAUGACAAAUCCACAGAAACACAGAAUCCACCUUUUCCUGAUUUGUCAAUUAGGCUUCACAUGCAUGAAGAGAAACUCUUUGAGAGAAUCAGGGAAAUGGAGUUUGGAAAUGGUGUUCGCUUCGUUGAUCGACAUGAAUGGGGCGCACGUUCUUCAGACGCUGUUGCGUACAAGAAUUGUAGAGAAAUGGAGGGUCCUUUUGCAGACUAUCUAGAAAAAGUGUGGGGGAAACCCGUUUUGCUGUCAGGACCUGUUAUACCAGAGCCACAGACCUCCUCUUUGGAGCCAGAAUGGGAUCACUGGCUUGGAGGAUUCAAGCAUGGUUCUGUUGUUUACUGUGCCUUUGGAAGCGAAUGCAUCUUAGAGCUUAGUCAGUUCCAGGAAUUGUUGCUGGGUCUCGAGCUAUCAGGGAUGCCAUUUUUGGUAGCAGUGAAACCUCCAAAAGGAUGUGAGUCAGUAGAAGCAGCUCUUCCAGAGGGAUUUGAAGUAAGGGUCAGAGGAAGAGGGAUAGUCCAUGGAGGCUGGGUUCAGCAACAGCUAAUAUUGGAACACCCAUCUGUUGGAUGCUUCAUCACUCACUGUGGUGCUGGCUCUAUGUUAGAAGCACUUCUCAGUCAAUGUCAGCUAGUGUUAUUACCCACCGCUCUUCUUGAUCAGAUCUUCAAUGCAAGAAUGAUCAGCCAAAGCUUCAGAGCUGGUGUUGAAGUGAAGAAAGGAGAAGAAGAUGGGCUCUUCACAAAAGAGAGUGUCUGUGAAGCAGUGAGGGCUGUGAUGAAUGAAGAGAAUGAGAUUGCUAAAGAGGUCAAAGAAAAUCAUGCUAAACUCAGAAAUAUCUUGCUCAGCACCAACUUUGACUCUAAUUAUAUUGAUAAUUUUUGUCACCAGCUUCAAGAUCUGCUCAAAUCAUGAUCCAUGUUCAAGUGGGAAAGCUAGCUGCUAAAUGCCAAGCGUAUGCAUGUUUGUGUACUGGAAGGAGGCACAAACUAGUCAGUUACCAUAAUAACGUGAGAAGGUGUUUGGUUUAGAUUUUCAUUGUCUCCCUGAAAUAAAAUUGUUUAAGUGAAACCUUGUGGUCUAAUUUGUUUGGUUGAUUAUAUAUGUAUUUUAUCAGCACUCUUCAUUUAAAUGUUGUAAUUCGUGUUAUUGAAGGGAUGAGAUGGAGGCUUUCUGCGGUUGGUUAA